CUGCGACAAGCACCUUCCAUCUUAUCAUGGCGACGCCUAGGUGCCUACGGCCAUUACUGGCCCCCUCGAAACGAAUAAAGAUAUCACCCCCUUCCCGGUCAUGUUUCCCUGGACCUCACGGCUUCGUGCGAAUGCAAAGCUCGGGAGCCGAAAACAAUGGCGAAAACAAUGGCGAAUACAAAUUCAAGGACAACCGCGAUGCUGCCGAACUGGAUAUUCUAGUCAAAGAGAUGCUUGAGAACCGUUCUUCGAGCUUGGACGAGGCCCUGGCCGAUUUGGGUGUUGAUCCCCAGGAAUACAGACGGGUCUCGAAUACCUUCGAACGUGCCGAGAAGAAGGAAAAAGCAUUCAAUUUCAAGUCGGCGACAAAGGAGAAGCUGGACGAGCGGGUGAAGCACAUGCAGGAACAGCCAGAUCACAAUAUGUUGCUACAUGCAUGGAAAAGAAUGGGCAUUGAACCAAUCAAACUUGCAAAAGAACGUGGCAUCACCUUGCCCGGUAAGGACGAAACGCCACUCGACCCCAAAACUCAGAAAGCUCUCGAAGAGCUGCGUGCUCCCGUCAAUGUCCAAGCUAUCCACCUCCGUCCGUUCCGUCGCAGCCCCGAAUAUGGCGUUCCCGUCUGCGAUCUGCAGCUUCGCACCUAUAACAUCCGAAACUUGUUACUAUUUGCCGAUUUCGCCGUACGUGCCGCAUACUAUAUGGGCCUUUGUGCCCGCGGUCCCGUUCCUCUUCCUCGCAUCACAGAGCGCUGGACCGUUCCGCGAUCGAAUUUCAUUUUCAAAAAGUCGCAAGAGAACUUUGAGCGUGUUACAAUGAGGAGGUUGAUCCAGAUUCAGGACGGGCAUCCCGAUGUUGUAAAGGCAUGGCUAGCCUUUUUACAAAAACACCAGUAUCAUGGUGUGGGUAUGAAGGCCAACAUCUGGGAGUACGAGAACUUGGAAGCGGCAACCCGGGCUGGAUACGAGCUGAAGGAGGGCGAUCACAGCAGGAGAAGGGAGGGACCAAUCAUGGAAAAGGUAGAAGAGAUCCUGAAUCGUAAGGGCUUCAAAGAGGCGAUGGGAGACCGCAAGAGCGGGGAUGUGCAGAUGAGGUUCUAG